UACUUUAGUUAGUUUAUGUUGAACUUUUAUCCUCCCCUAUUUUUGUAUUUUCUAACUCCAAACAGCUGGUGCCCCAAAAGAUUUGUUUUUGUUUUUUAAAUUUUUUUUUGCAAAGAAUUUGAAAAUUUCGCCUAUAUAAAUGGUUUUGGACAUCGAAAUAGGCAUCAGUUCAACAGUAUCUUACAAACGGAUUACAUCAGGUUCACAGUUCGAGAACUAUAGAAGAUCACCACCAUCAGUUAGAAGGAAGAGAUUUGUGUAACUUUAUAAAGUCGUACAGUGUAAAGUGUGUGUUUUCUGUAGUACUUGGGAUCGGUUUAUUCUAUUCUUCUCUUUUUUUAAAUUCUUUGUUAUAAACCAACAACAAAAAAACCAAUAUGAAGUACGUCAUUGCUAUCGUUCUCUUCGUCAGCGUAGCACAAGCCAUUCCCAUUGAAUUGGGUCAUUAUGGUCAUCCAGCGUUGCUCUCACAUGGUCCUGUUCUUGCACAUGCCGUUGCUCCUGAACCUGUGGCCUAUCCCAAGUACUCCUUCAACUAUGGCAUCAAGGAUCCCCACACUGGUGACAUUAAGUCUCAAGCCGAAGAACGUGAUGGUGAUGUUGUAAAGGGUCAAUACUCCCUCGUGGAACCAGACGGUUCAGUGCGUACAGUUGACUACACCGCCGACGAUCACAACGGUUUCAAUGCCAUCGUUCACAAAUCAGCCCCAACGAAGGUCGCUGUCCCAGUCAUUGCCCAUGCCCCAGUGCUUUCCCAUGCCCCAGCUGGUUUAUUGCACCAUUACCGCUAAGGAGUUACACUUUCAUCGUUUAACAUCACUCUGACCCAAUGAAAACAUUGCUUGCUUUUUGUGUGAGAAUGAAAUGUCAAAAUCAAAAUAUCAAGCGGCCACAAAACUCUCAUUCACUUAAUAACCGUUCAUCAAUCAAAUCAUUGUAGAUUAUUAUUAUUUUAUUUUAUAUCAUUUUGUUUGUUUAUUAUAUAAUAAUUUUAAUUAAUUGAUUAUUAUUAUAUUCUUCUUCUCGUUCGUGUGUAUCUUGUAUAGUGAUGUAAGUAAUAAUUUUGUUUCAUAUUCUAAUCACUUUCUAUGUUUUUUCUAUGUUUUUAUUUUUAUUGCAUGACACCGAGAAAGAGUUCGUAUAAAUCGUAUGUUAUAUGUACCUACGUAAUAUUGUAAGUGAUAUAAAAUUUAUCAAAAGAGAGUCUCAUAAAACACAAUCUUUUUAUUCUCUUUCACUUCAUCUUUCUUCUUCUCUAUAUUUUAUAGAUAUUGUAUUUCAUAAUUUCGUAUAUGUAUUUUUAUGCGAGCGCGCGAUUUCUCUUUACCACUUUUGUUUAUAGUUCUUCUUUGCUUUCUUCUACUUUUCUUUUUUCUGCUUCUUCUUAUAUUGUGUGCUUAUUUAUUGUGUCCAUCUUUGUUGUGUAAUGUGUGUCACUUUGAGACAUCAAUACGAAUGAUAAAAGGAAAAAGAAUAUGAGAAAAAUGUGUAGUAAUUAUACAAUAAUGCAGUAUUAAUGUUUUUCUUUGCGUCUUUUUCUUUUCUAGCCAUCAGACCCCAGGCCCCAAGCUUCGAGGCUUGCAGACUUGCAUCACCACCGAUUUAACAUAAAAUGAUGAAAAAUUAAGCAUUUCGCGUAAUCUGACAAUCCAACUGUCAUUUUAUUGCAAUCGAACAAUAUUAAUUGCCACUAAGUGCCAGUGUCGCUAGUGUCGCCAGUCAUUGUUUUGUUUGUUUAAUGUUUGUCUCAAGCGGGCAUAAUUCUAUAUUCCUUUGCGAUGACCGAACGACCAACUGACGCAUAGCGACAUUGAGUGACGACGGAGCUAAUACAAACUAUUAAAAAGUGUGUAGACAUCUUGUGAUAGUUUUUUUUUAUCGGUUUGUAUGAAUAAUUCUUUGCGCAACUGUGCCGGACAUUGUGCAUUAUUAUAUGGACAACAAUUAUUGAGAGAUUUUAAUUUAUCACUCUUAUUAUUUUCGUCCUUGAUGUUAAUUUAAAACAAUUUUGUUAGUAUUAAUAAAUAAAAUGUCUACUUUCUAUCGUUUUUAUUUUCUUUGUUCUUAAUUUGAGUUGACACUUUUGUUAAUAAGUUUUCAAUUUUGUUGUUGUGUGUGUCUCAGCUAAUUUGCAAAGAAAUUUAUAUUGUUUAAACAAAAAUAAACAUUUUUCUUUUUAUUAAAAUGUAUUUCUUCUCAUUUUCUAAUUUUUUCUUCUCUUAUGUUUUAUUUUUCUUAAAUUAAAACAUAAACAGCUUUUGUCUAUGAUUUCAUCAUUUUGAAAGAA